GCGGCGGUGGCAGACUUUGCCAAAGCCUUGCCUCAAGUCGAGGGGACAUGGAGUGACGUAGCCAUUCUCCUCCUCAGUGAGGACCCAACUCCCUCGGGAGUCUGGGAAGAGCUUGCAGCCAAGGCAAGGAGGCUCUGCCAGGGGCUGAAGCUUGAUCUCGAGGUCCCCAAGGAGCUGGGGUUCCUUUGGACCCCCGACUUCCGUCCUGCCUCGCUUAGCCUCGGAGCGGCGAAGCCGGAGGAAGAGCUGGUAGAUCCUGCAACUGCAGCGACACCUGAGCAGAGGGCUAUUCUGCUCGUGCGCGGUGCAUGCAGCGCAGAGUCUUUAGUGGAUGCAGCGAAGGACGCCAAGGAAGCCCUCUCCAUCUUCCGGGACCUCGGUCAUCGCAUAGGGGAGGCUACGGCGCUUUUGGCAGUUAGCCGGGCCACAGUUGACUCGGACCUACAAGGCGCGCAGUCUGCUGCCAACCAGGCAAUGAAGCUCUUUCGGGAGAUGGGUCACCAGAAGGGCCGAGCCUACGCGAUGCAAGCCGCAGCGGAGGCGGAUAAGAUCCGGCACAACAGCGAUGAUGCCGUGUUCAAAGCCAAUGAGGCGAAGAAGCUAGCGGACCUGAUGGGCGACAGGGCCCUGGAGUUUGCCUUAUGCGAAACCGUGGUGGACGCGAACAUCACGCAGGACAAAGCAGGACAUGCUGUUGAGGCUGCAAAGGACGCGCAGGAGCUUGCGGUCUCUUUGAACGACCAG